CCGCAGGGAGCCGCCAUGGCGAGGCCGCGACGGGGGUGGUGCUCGCGCGGUCACGUGAAGGGCUGUGGGUCAGCACGUGACGCCAAGGCCUGGUCACGUGCCCGGUGGCCGCGCGGGAGCGCUCGCGGUGCGGGUGCCGUGAGGAUGUUUCGGUCGCUGCUGCUCCCGCUCCCGCUCCCGCUCCUGCUUCUGCUCCCACCCGCCAGCGCCGCUCCACCGCAUCCUGCUGCCCGGGCGGUGUGGCCCGGCCUGGAGGAGCGGCUUUAUCCGCAGGUGCGGGACCACUUCAGCUUCGAGACCCGAGGCAACGAGACCUUCCCACAGCGGUACCUGGUGUCGGCAAAGUUCUGGAAGAAAGGAUUUGGACCCAUCUUUUUUUAUGCUGGCAAUGAAGGUGACAUCUGGACUUUUGCUCAGAACUCUGACUUUAUAUUUGAAUUAGCAGAGGAACAGCAAGCACUUGUCAUUUUUGCUGAACAUAGAUACUAUGGGAAGUCUCUUCCGUUUGGACUUGAGUCAACACAGCUGAAGAAGACUGCUCUGCUCACCGUGGAACAAGCCCUUGCUGACUAUGCAGUGCUCAUUACUGAGCUUAAGCAGCAGUUUGGUGCUGCAAAUUGCCCUGUCAUUGCUUUUGGAGGCAGCUAUGGAGGAAUGCUGAGUGCUUACCUGAGGAUGAAAUACCCAAACAUUGUGGCUGGAGCACUAGCUGCCAGUGCUCCUCUGCUGUCUGUAGCUGGGCUUGGAGACUCCACCCAGUUCUUUAGAGAUGUCACCAUGGAUUUUCAGAAGUCCAGCCUAGGCUGCGUCACAGCUGUCCGCAAGGCCUUCCAGCAGAUCAAGGACCUGUGCCUGAGUGGAGCCUAUGAUGAGAUCAGCGGCAAAAUGGCCACAUGCAGUAAGAUCUCUAACAAAGAGGAUGUUUACCAGCUGUUUGGGUUUGCUAGAAAUGCCUUCACCAUGAUGGCCAUGAUGAACUACCCUUACAAGACUGACUUCAUGGGUCACCUCCCUGCCAGUCCAGUGAAGGUUGGCUGUGAACAAAUUCUUGCCCACAGAGACCCAAUUCAAGGCUUGGCUGCUCUUGUUGGGGUGUUUUACAACUCUUCCGGCUCGGCACCAUGUUAUGACAUAUACCAGCUGUACCGGUCCUGUGCUGACCCCACGGGCUGUGGCAUCGGCUUGGAUGCGGAGGCUUGGGACUACCAGGUUUGCACCGAGAUCAACUUAACUUUCAACAGCAACAAUGUCACAGACAUGUUCCCCGAGAUGCCCUUCACAGAGGCCAUGCGGGAGCAGUACUGUUGGAACAAGUGGCACGUGAGGCCACGAACACACUGGUUGCAGACAAACUUUUGGGGAGGAGACCUGAGAAGUGCAAGCAACAUCAUUUUUUCAAAUGGAGACUUGGACCCGUGGGCUGGAGGUGGGAUAAACAGUAGCCUCAGCCCUUCACUGAUUGCACUGACCGUUAAAGGAGGUGCCCAUCACCUUGAUCUCCGGGGACGCAACCCAGCUGACCCGCCGUCGGUCACGGAAGUGCGCAGGCUGGAAGCCAAGAUCAUUGAUGGCUGGGUGAAAUCCGCGGGCAAGGAGUGGGCAUGGAAGCAGCACGUGGGAGCUGCAACGGGCAGCCAGCUGUGAGCCCUCCAUCCCCACAGCUCCCAGGCAGUGCAGAUAGUUCUUGCCCCAAAGGAAUCCACUUAGCGUGAGGAACACCCACUGAUUGAUAUGGAUGGAUGAAUAAAAGGCUUUCAGACACCAUGGCAAAGAGAUAAACAUGAUACAUAUGGACUUUCAGUACAGAUGAGCAGUGCUAAAAAAGAAACCAUGGCAGAAGUCUGAAGCCAGUGCCACCAACAUCCAUAAUGUGUUGAAGCCUUGGGCAAGCAAGCGUGGGAUAUAAGUGGAAAACCCUGGUUGUGUGGUGCUGUCUGAGCUGAAGGGAAGAACCACAGCCACAUAGCAGCAGUCACUGCUCAUGAGCAUCAUGGGAACACUGCUCCUGGCUCAACUUCAGGGCCACAAAAGGAAAAUGGGGUGCCAGCAGGAGUGACCCAGACCAGAUCAUGGCUGCAGCCCCUCCCCUGUGCUCAACAACCCAGUGGGGUUGUUGAACAAAGGCUCGUUUGUUCCAUCGUCACAUACCAACGUGGCGAGUGGGAGCAACGUGGGAACAUUACACAGAACAGGAACUCAGAUUUCAGUGGAAGCCUCCAGACUUGGACAGCAAUCUCCAGCAAUAUCACAGAGACGAAAAAACCCCAAGCCCUUCUUACCAAAUCCAAAGUCAGAAAAAUCUUAAACUUUCUGUCGAAGCAACAAGCUUCGUGAAGCUACCCUGUCCUGUCCGUUUUACUGGUCUUGUUAAAUAUACUGAGUGUGGCACUGGAAAUCAGGAGAUGACUUCCCUGCAGGGCUAUUUCUAGAAGCGCACAGCCGAAGGGAAGUCCUAAAGUGCGGGAGAAAUUCACAAAACUGUAAAUGUGUUACUGCAAAAACCUUUCCUGUUCUUAUCCCUCAUCACUGCCAACAUCACACUGGUAUGGAACUGGAAACAAGGUGUACUCUUUGUCUAGUAUUUGGAGGAGUAAAUACAGGUGUACCUGAACUUGGCAAAAUGCGAAACCUUGGAAUGCGAAAAUCCUGUUACUGGAAAGUCCUGUGAAACACGAGGGGGGCCUCUCAGCCAACACCAGGGACCUGGCAAAACUGCCAGUUUCUAUCACCUGUAAUGAGAAUUCAGCUUUCAGAAGUUCAGAGAUUAGAUGCUAACUGUGCCCCAUCCACCUGCUGAAUUUUCUUCGAGCAAACAGGUCUGUAUUUUUUUCCUAAGCUGUGGCUCAAAGCCCCAAGUAUGAGACUCCCAAGUCCUACAGCCAUGCGGCUCUCUGUGGCUCUGCCAGUGCCUGGCUCUGUUCCUCAGUGAAAGCCCAAGGGAACAGUAGAGGCAGUGGGGCCAAGGGUUGUUUUAGUUUGAUUAGGCAGGCACUCUUGGAGAGAAACCACUGCAGCUCUUUGUGCAGAAGGACAGAAUCCCAGCUCAGUGGUGGCCUUUCCACAACACUCCACUUCAGCCAGGAGCAUCCCAGUACACUGAAACAUCAGAGCGGGUUACGGACCAGGAAGUUCAGGCUUUGGAACAAGGAACCACAGAGUGCUCAAAGGGAAAACUUUUGAUUUUCUGUUGUGCUGGCGGAGCACAUCGUGGAAUAGAGAUGGGCUGUGGAGCUCAGAGACUGACCUGACACAACAGUUUGUUAAGAAAGUAAAAAUAAAUUAGCAAUUAAAAUUACCUUUGCAAGAGAA